AUGGCAUCGUUACCGGCAAGCCCGCUCAAGACAGCAGCUGACUUCGCCAAAAGGUACCAACACUAUGUCCUGGGGCAGAUCAGCACAGGAUCCUACGCGCACGCACACUUCUCGCUUCCCAAAUCAAUCGCGGACCAGACCCUCGCAGUCUUUGACUCCCACAAGAUCGAGCACAACGAAGCCUGCCGCCGUCUACGAGCUUCCCUACAAGCAAUCAAGAUCUGCAAAGGUAAGACAAACGGCUCAGCUGACAACAUGGACCUCGAGAUUACUGUGCUGAGCCACACUGCGAAAAAGGGACAUCCAAACCUUGUAGGAAUACGUGAUGCCGAUGCUGCCAGCACAGGAAAGAGUUGGUAUACCCUCGAGCUUCUCACAGGCGAUACAUUCGAAAAAUACUGCGACUUACUCUACAACCUCCGCCUCAGCCUCGACCGCUCGCCUGAAUCCUUCUCUCCAGUCUCCUUCGGUUGGCAUCUAGUGCUUCAAGUAACUCAAGGUCUACUGGCUCUUCAUUUCGGCGACAAGAACGGGAAAGAAUGUAGGAGUUGGCCGAUGUACACACACGGCGAUACACAUCCCAAGAACCUCCUCUUCAGGGGCGGGACUGGCCAGUAUAAAGAUUACCCAGAUGCGGUUCUCAUCGACUUUGGUCGGACACAGAAGCUAGGUUCCCAUACAGACCGCGCCGCGUUCUUCAGAGCCCAGCACGCGGAUGUGAAGCUCGCGAUUCAUUUCAUCGUCAAGACCCAGUGGGCUCGUGACCUCGAUCUCAGAACAAUAUGCUCGGAGAUUUGGGAGCUAGAUAUCCAGGAAGGAGUGGAUAAUAAUCGCAUCUUGAAGUCGUGGAUGAAGGACCUGAGAUUGAGAGCUUUCCGGGAACGAGAAAGGUUGUACAUUGCUUUGCACCCCGACGUGAUCGAACACUUUCAGCAGGAGAUGAUCAGCGAAAAUGAGCUUUGGGAGCAGACCAUCUCCUAUCGAAGCCUUUGCGCAGAAUGGUGA